AUAAAUAUUAACCUUCGUUUUGUUUCCUAAUGCAUACCGGUACUCUAAUUUGCAGAGGAAAAAAAAAAGGUAUACUUGUAAUUAAUUGGGAGGCUGGCUGCAGGCAUGGCUGCUGCACAUGAUAGUUUGCCCGGUGAAAGUGGUGCUCUCCUGAGCAAGCCAAAACAAAUAUUGGUGCGUCCUUCUAUGGUGGAAGCUGGGGCGCGCCUCUUUGUUACCAGGUUUCUUCAAACAUAUGUCUCCAGCGGAUGUUUAACAUUAUUGGAGGAAGAUGGUACAACAUUUACCUUCCAAGGAGAAAGGAGAAAGUGUUCUCUAAAAAUUGUUCUUAAAGUUCAUAGUCCCCAAUUUUACUGGAAGGUCAUGACACGAGCUGAUUUAGGCCUAGCAGAUGCAUAUAUUGAUGGGGAUAUUUCUUUCACAGAUAAGAAUGAAGGUCUUCUAAACCUUUUUAUGAUUCUUAUUGCCAGUAGAGAAUCAAAUUCCUCUGUCUCAAGGUCGAAAAGCAGAAGGGGCUGGUGGACGCCAUUGCUAUUCACAGCUGGCAUAACAUCGGCAAAAUAUUUUUUCAAGCAUUUGCUGAGGCAAAAUACUCUUACACAGGGUCGCAGGAACAUCUCUCGUCAUUAUGACUUGAGUAAUGAAUUUUUUUCCCUGUUCUUGGACGGAACAAUGCAAUACUCGUCUGCUGUAUUUAAGAAGGAAGAUGAAGACUUGAAGGUUGCACAGCUGAGGAAAAUCUCUCUUCUGAUUGAAAUGGCAAGAAUUGAUAAGAAGCAUGAGGUCCUUGAUAUUGGGUGUGGAUGGGGAGGCUUUGCUAUUGAAGCUGUCAAACAAACUGGGUGCAAAUACACUGGCAUCACUCUGUCUGAAGCGCAGCUGAAAUAUGCGGAAAAGAAAGUGAAAGAUGCUGGCCUUCAGGACCAUAUUAGACUACUUCUUUGCGACUACCGGCAAUUGCCUCCUACCUAUAAAUAUGACAGAAUUAUAUCCUGCGAGAUGAUAGAACAUGUGGGCCAUGAAUAUAUGGAAGAUUUUUUUGGUUGCUGUGAAUCACUAUUAGCAGAAGACGGGCUUCUUGUUCUGCAGUUCAUAUCGAUACCAGAUGAACGAUAUAAUGAGUAUAGGCAAAGUUCAGAUUUCAUCAAGGAAUAUAUUUUCCCCGGUGGAUGCCUGCCAUCACUAAGCAGGAUAACAGCAGCGAUGGCUUCUGCAUCCAGAUUCAGCGUGGAGCUCUUGGCGAACAUCGGGAUUCAUUACUACCAAACACUCAGAUGUUGGAGAAAAAAUUUCACGGAGAACCGGAGCAAAAUCAUAGCUCUCGGCUUUGAUGAAAAAUUUAUAAGGACGUGGGAAUAUUACUUUGAAUAUUGUGCAGCUGGUUUUAAGUCGCGUACUCUCGGAGAUUAUCAGUACGUAGUGUUUCAUGAAAACUCUCCUGAUCAAUGCAUGAUUCUACGCAAACCGAAGUGAUCAGUGUGUCCCUGCUAGCAGCUGAUGAAUCAUAUGAAAUUGUAAGUAGAUAGAAGGGCUGAAAGUGGAACACAGUACAAACGCUCUUUUAACUGCAUUAUAAAGAUUCUGAAAGUAGAUCGAGUAAUGCAGACUAGUAGGGAAAAUCUUGAUUAAUUAGCUAGAUAUUUUCUUUAUUAGAGGUCUGCUGCAUCUGUAUCUAUAUUUGUGUCCACUUUGGCCUUUUGUUUUGGCCUUUGCGUGUUUGGUUCUAUCUGCGUGAGUCAUUUUCAUUGAUCUUUAAUUUGUUCUUGUCAAAAGAAGAAGAAGAAGAAGAAGAAGAUAAUGGUGUAGGAGUCACAGAGACGGGCAGAGUAGUGCUGGUAGAGAACAACUGCAUACUCACAUGGUCUCCAUCUUUCGGAUCGAGAGACAGAGAGAGUGAGAGAGGCAGCAUGAGGGUUUGGGUUUGGGUUUUCUCGGGAGGCUCAGGAGAGAGUAGAGAGA